GUCCAAGUCCAGUCAGUCGCUCGUGGCCGCCCGCCGCGGAAGGCCGAUCAGGGCCGCAGCUCACGCCGUGCAACCCCCCGCGCCCCGUCACUUAAAACCCCUGUUCCGCGCGUCGUCGACAUGCUCCUGUGGGGCGUCGUCGGCGUGGUGCUCGCCGUGGCCGCCACCAGCUCCUCGAGCCACCACUGCUCGCACGUCCACCCCAAGGAUCACGAGGUUGGAUGAGGAGAAGUUCGAGCUGAUAAACAACACGGUGCUGCCGGAAGCUGUCCGCUUUUGGGAGAGCGCGCUGAUGGUGCGGAGGGCUGUCUCGACCAUCCGCCUCAACAGGAAGUGCGAGAACAACCAGCUGUUCUACCGACGUGACGAGGUGUACUGCAAGAACGCGUGCAGCGAGAAGACGACGUGCGGCGAGGUGGAGGUGCCCGACGAGCACCUGGAGGUGUGCCGGACGUGCAACGACACGGGCCAGGACUGCGGCGCGCAGCCGGGCUCGGUGCGCGGCCAGGGCAUCGACGGCGCCGACUUCAUCUUCUACGUGUCGGCCACGCAGACGGAGCGCUGCAACAAGGGCCAGACGGUGGCGUACGCGGCGCACUGCCAGCAGGAGGCCGCCCUGGACCGGCCCAUCGCCGGCCACGCCAACCUCUGCCCGGACAACAUCGUGACCAAGCGCCAGGAGCUCGAGAUCCUGCUCUCCACCGUCAAGCACGAGAUCCUGCACGCGCUCGGCUUCUCCGUGAGCCUGUACGCCUUCUACCGCGACCAGGAGGGCAACCCGCUCACGCCGCGCGUCGAGAACGGCAAGCCGCUGCUCAACGAGAAGCUGCAGGCGCGCCAGUGGAGCGACCGGGUGAUCCGGUCGGUGCACCGGCCGUCCUGGCUCGUGCGCGGCGGCUCGCUGGCCAGGGACGUGCUCAUGAUGGUGACGCCCAGGGUGACCGAGGAGGUGCGCAAGCACUUCAACUGCCCCCAGCUGGAGGGCGCCGAGCUGGAGGACCAGGGCGACGAGGGCACCUCCCUCACCCACUGGGAGAAGCGGGUGUUCGAGAACGAGGCGAUGACCGGCACCCACACGCAGAACCCGGUGUACUCGCGGCUGACGCUCGCCCUGAUGGAGGACACGGGCUGGUACCGGGCCAACUACAGCAUGGCCCAGCCCCUGCUCUGGGGGCGCGGCCUGGGCUGCGACUUUGUCAUGAAGAGCUGCAAGGAGUGGAUGGACAAGAGGCACGCCAGAGGAGAGUCGAUCGCGCCGUUCUGCGCCAAGGUGAAGAGGGACCCUCUGGAAACGGAGUGCACAUCGGAUCGCAGCUCUGUUGCUUUGUGUAACCUACUGGAGCACACAGAGCAGCUACCACGAAUGUUUCAGAACUUUGAUGAGAUAGCCCACGUCGCACCGGGCCAAGAAGGAUUUUAUGGAGGUUCGGUUUCAUUGGCCGAUUAUUGCCCUUAUAUACAAGAAUUUACAUGGCGGUCCAAAAAUGUUGUGGUCAGAGGCUCCCACUGCCGAUAUUUUGAAAACAAUCCUCAUAAAGAAAAGAAUUUUGCUCUUGAAAAAUAUGGGGAUGAUUCAAAAUGUAUUCUCCACACCAAUAAAAUGUGGGAAGAGAGAUCAUGCACACAACUUCGCCAGUGGCAGCACUGGGGUUCUGGUUGCUACGAGUACCACUGUGCUGAUGGGAGGCUUCACAUUCAUGUUGAAAACUAUACAUUCACUUGUUAUGCUGAAAACCAGAAAGUGACCAUUCAAUUACUCUCAAAUGGUUGGUUACAUAAUGGUGUUUUGCUAUGUCCACCCUGUUCUAAACUUUGUCAGGGUAUGUUUGAAAAACCUGAUGACAAGUGUCUGCCAGACUCGAUCAUUCCUCCUGAUGUUAAGUAUCAUCAAGAUGAACUUAUUUGUGGACAAAGUGUUCCUGAACCUCUAGUAUGGAUGUCAUUCCUUUCAAUUUUUAUUUCUGCGUUUGUCCAUAGAUAAGUUGUCAAUGAGUAACUUAGUAUUAUUUGAAUUCUUUUGGUCUUCUGAUACUGCUCAUUGAAAACCCUUUUGAACAAAACGUUUUGUAACCAAAACUGAUUUCAAAAACAUUGUUUUAAUUUCUGUCAAAAACUAGUGAUUCACGAUAUGUUCACACUUAUUGUGCUAAAUUUUUAGUUGUUAGUUUCAAUGCCAUGAUUUUGUGUACUGCAUUCAGUCUUGUCCUAAGUAGAAGGCAAAGGCUAGUGAAUCAAGUGGGAGGCUGUACAUUGUAUUUGCAUAAUUAGGUUUUUGUUGUGAUCUCCUUGAGGAUGUUACAUUUCCAAAGUUUUAUAACAUUAAGAAUUAUAAAAUCUUUACUUUUAAAAAUAUUUUAGUUUCAAGUUUGUGUACUGAGGUGAACGUCCUGUUAAUUUUGGAAACAUGACUGUUUGCCAAAUGUUUAAAUCCUGCAUAAAUUAAUCUGUAGCUGGUGGGUAUAAAGCAGCUAAUGAUUCCCCAUGAUAUGUGUUAGGUAAGAUUGUUAUGAUGUAAGUGUGCUAUAAUAAGUAGAGAAUGAAAUUAUUCCAGUGGAAAACCAUUUGCUGGAGCACUGUAUGACAAUUAUCUGUGCUGUUCCCACCUUGAAUUGAAUGAAUUCUGUGACUGUUUUUUUACUCCAUCAAUUUUCAGUUUUAAAACUAUUUAAAUGGUAUGACAAGCUCUUAAAUGGACCCUGUGACUUUUCUUUGAUUAUUUUAAAGUAAUGAAAUGCAAGUGCUUAUUUUAAAGAUGCAUAAAUGUAUUGUGAUGUAUUGUAAGUUUCAAAUGUUGCCAUUCCUUGUUUGUAUAUUAUUUUUCUUUUACUGUGAUUUAUUACUGCAGAGUAUUUGUGUAAAAUAUGUAACUUAUAAGAUAAACAAUCAGUAUGUUGAAUGCUUCUCGAUGAGAAAUGCAUUUUGAAAAUGAAAGGAAAUGAAUGAAAUAAAUAAGAAGUAUAAUA